AGGACAUGUGAGAUAGUCACAGUUUUACAGAGAUCAGGACAAGAUCUCACCGCUCCCACUCGGCUCCUUUGGCCAUGAGCAGCGGGAGCCGCAGCGCGCAGCGCGGAGCGCGGAGCGGGGCCGGCCCCGCCGGGGCGCAGCCCGGGCCCGCGGGGGUGUGAGGGCAGCGCGGCCGCCCCUGCUCCGCCGCGCCCCGCGCAGCCCCGCGCAGCCCCGAGCCGGCUUUUGUUUCUAUUUUAGUGUCGGGAAGGACUUUCCUGGGAGGGCUCGUUCCCUCGCUCGCUCUCCCUCGCUGCAACAACAACAACAAAAAAUAAGGACCUACUGUCUCCCCUCCGCAGACCGGGAGUCCCAGGAGCCGGGAACUGCUUCGCUUUUCCUUUUUUUUUCUUCUUAUUUUUUCUUUCUUUUUAUUUUUAAUUUUUAAUUUUUUUAAUCCCGAAUCUAAUUCGGCUGAUUUUCGCCUCUUUUUUUAUGCCUUUUUUUUUUUUUUUUUGGAGACUGUGUGUGUGCUGUUGAUUUUCCUUCCUCUCCCAGAGACUCGAGCGAGUUCGCCGGGCAGGAGAGGGGAAAAAAAAACCAAAACCCAACAAACACACACACGCGCGUUUUUGUAAAGGGAAUCCCUCUUUUUCUCCUGGAUUUGUGGAUGCACCGAUGAGAGAUCCAGCCUUCCCAGGGACUGCCAUGGCUUACCACCCCUUCCACGCACCCCGGCCGGCUGACUUCCCCAUGUCCGCUUUCCUCGCGGCCGCCCAGCCGUCCUUUUUCCCGGCUCUGGCUCUGCCUCCGGCGGCGUUGGCGAAGCCCAUGCCGGACCCGGGGCUGGCCGGGGCGGCCGAGGCCGGGCUGCACGUCUCGGCCCUGGGACACCACCACCAAGCCGCCCAUCUGCGCUCGCUCAAAAGCCUGGAACCCGAGGAGGAGGUCGAGGACGACCCCAAAGUAACGCUGGAAGCCAAAGAGCUUUGGGACCAGUUCCACAAGCUGGGCACCGAGAUGGUGAUCACCAAGUCCGGGAGGAGGAUGUUCCCCCCGUUCAAGGUGCGGGUGAGCGGCCUGGACAAGAAGGCCAAGUACAUUUUGCUGAUGGAUAUAGUGGCGGCCGACGACUGCCGGUACAAAUUCCACAACUCGCGCUGGAUGGUGGCUGGCAAGGCCGACCCGGAGAUGCCCAAGCGCAUGUACAUCCACCCCGACAGCCCGGCCACGGGCGAGCAAUGGAUGGCCAAACCUGUUGCCUUUCACAAGCUCAAGCUCACCAACAACAUCUCGGAUAAGCACGGCUUUACCAUCCUGAACUCCAUGCACAAGUACCAGCCCAGGUUCCACAUCGUCCGGGCCAACGACAUCCUCAAGCUGCCCUACAGCACCUUCCGCACCUACGUGUUCCCCGAGACCGACUUCAUCGCCGUCACUGCCUACCAGAACGACAAGAUCACGCAGCUGAAAAUCGAUAACAACCCCUUCGCCAAAGGCUUCCGGGACACGGGGAAUGGCCGGAGGGAGAAGAGGAAGCAGCUGUCCCUGCCGUCCCUGCGGAUGUACGAGGAGCCCUGCAAGCCCGACCGCGACGGCGGCGAGUCGGACGCCUCGUCGUGCGAGCCCUCGGCCGUGCGCGAUGCGCUGCACUCGCCCGUGGGCGCCCUCCCCAGCCCCCUGCGCCUCAAGGGCAGCGGCAGAGAGGAGAAGCCAGGGGCUGACAGCGACACGGAGGUGGAGAAGGUGCCGGAGGAGCGGCCGGUGGCAGCAGCCAGCCCCAGCGCGGAGGACGCGACGCCCCGCGGCAGCCCCCGGUGCCCGGAGGAGCGGGGCAAGGAGAGGCACAGCCCGGAGAAAGGCAAGGACGGAGCGUCCCCCCGGGAGGCUCCUGGCGAGGGCCUGUUCGGCACACGGGGCCUGGAGAAGGACAAGGUGGAAGGAAGGAGGAAAGAGACGGAGCCGGGCAAGAAGGACACGGAGGGCGGCGGGCUGGGCAAGGAGGCCUUCGCCCCGCUGAUGGUGCACACGGACAGCCCCCCGCACCUGAGCACCGGGCACCUGCAGAGCCUGGCGCUCUCCGGCCUCCAUGGGCAGCAGUUCUUCAGCCCGCUGGGCGCUGGGCAGCCCCUCUUCAUCCACCCAGGACAGUUUGCCAUGGCCCCCGGCGCCUUCUCUGCCAUGGGCAUGGGACACUUGCUGGCCUCGGUGACCGGCGGGGGCAGCCUGGAGAACGGAGCCCUCUCGUCCGCCCCGGGAGCAGCAGGGACGGCCACCCCCUUCCCUUUCCACCUCUCCCAGCACAUGUUGGCCUCUCAGGGAAUCCCGAUGCCCACCUUCGGCGGACUCUUCCCCUACCCCUACACCUACAUGGCAGCGGCCGCCGCGGCCGCCUCGGCCAUGCCGGCCAGCAGCGCUGCCGCCGCGGGGCCGCUGUCCCGCAACCCCUUCCUGGGCAGCAGCCGGCCCCGCCUGCGCUUCAGCCCCUACCAGCUGCCCGUCACCAUCCCGCCCAGCACCAACCUGCUGACCACCGGCCUGCCCGCCAGCCUCAACCCCGGCUCCGAGGGCUCCAAGGCCGGCAGCAGCCGCGAGUCCAGCCCCCUGCCCGAGGUGCACAAGGGGGGCGGCCAGCGCCCCGCCGCCUCCCCCAAGGGCUCGCUCAAGGAGUCCCUCAAUGAACUGCAGAACAUCCAGAGACUGGUGAGCGGGCUGGAGAGCCAGCGGGAGCUGUCGCCCGGCAGGGAGUCCCCGAAGUGAGCGGCGGGGCGGCGGGGCGGACAAGCACUGGUAUUUUGUACAGCACAGUAGAAAUAUUUAUUGCCGGGAGCAGACAGGGAGCGGGGUGCUGCAGCGGAGGGAUGGACCCUGCCGGCCGUGAGGAUCCACCGGAGCCAGGAGGGGCAGCUGGAGCGCAGGGCUUGCCCACUCCCCCUCGGCUGUGGGGCUGGGAGCGGCUCCCCCCGCUCCAGCGAGACCCCCAGGACCCCCCAGCCCCCCGCUCCGGGCAGGGUGAGGAGCUGGUGCCGAGACUCCUGAUGGACGGGGCGGCCCCUGCUCCGGUGGGGAGCGAGAGGGGCCAAACCCUCAUCUGUGAGAGGGGAGGGGGAAGGAAAAAAUAAUUUAAAAAUUUAAAAAAAAAAAAAAGAGAGAUAAGAAAAAGGAAGAUGGAAAGCAAACCGCCUCGGCAGCCACCGCCGAGCAGGGCGGGCACGGCGGGGGGAGCCUCGUGGGUACCUGGGCAGAUAUUUAUGAAAUAAAUGGUAAUUUGUGUAAAUAAGCUAUAAGGAUCCCAGAAUAUGCAAAUUGGUAUUAAUUUAUUCAGAGUUGUACAUUGGUGUGUACAUAAUAUUUAGAGUUUAACUCCUCGCAUUUAAGUUUUUUUCGUUUUUUUGUUUUUUUCAUUUUACAUGAACAUAUAUAUUGUAAAUGAAAACUAUUUAGCUCUUUGUGAUUGAAGGAGAUAUCGGUUUCUCUGUGUUUUAAAAUAUUGUUUAUCCCGCCUGUUCUCUAGGACAAUCAUGUGCCACUGAUAAAACAAUUUUUGGAGUCAUUAAAACUAAGAUUUCAAUCCUUUAACGGACUUUUGCAAGGAAAAAAAUAAACUAACGAAUCCAAAACGUAACUAAAACAUUGUUACAGUGCGGGGUAUAGAGAAUGCAGGAAUAAACCUCAGGUUUUUAUUUUUCACUCCAGAACAAAAAAAAAAAGUAUAAUAAAUUUAAAUAUCACAGGACUGUGCUCUAUAUUUGUUUUAAAAUAAAAAGAUACAUGAUUUGCAACGUGCUGGUUACUCGGGUAUCUGUCUGUUCAGUUUUGAUGAAUUCUCACAUCUUUCAAUAAUAAAAAAAACCCUCUACUCGGA